AUGACCAGGUUACGAAAGAGGGGAGCCAAGUAUACAGGAAAUUAUGAAGAAAUUUGUAAGGAGCUCAAUGCCAGCUUCCAUGGAGUGUUCACUACUGACCCUGAACAGUCUCCAGAGCUAGAUGAGGAAGCAGCCCCUGAUGAGAAACAUCUAAAUAUUGAGGUAACAGCAGAGGAAGUAAGACUACAGCCAGCAUCACUGGCUGUAGCUAAAGUUACUGGACCAGAUAGAGUAUCACCAGGGAUGUUAAAAGCAGCAGCACAGACCCUCAGCACACCUCCAGCACUAAUCUUUAAUGAGUCACUUACACAAGGGGACUUGCCCAACUGCUGGAAGAAGAUUACUAGUGACCUAGAGAUUACUAGUGACCAAGAGAUUACUAGUGACCAAGAGAAUACUAGUGACCUAGAGAAUACUAGUGACCUAGAGAUUACUAGUGACCAAGAGAAUACUAGUGACCUAGAGAAUACUAGUGACCAAGAGAAUACUAGUGACCUAGAGAUUACUAGUGACCAAGAGAUUACUAGUGACCAAGAGAAUACUAGUGACCUAGAGAUUACUAGUGACCAAGAGAUUACUAGUGACCAAGAGAAUACUAGUGACCUAGAGAUUACUAGUGACCAAGAGAUUACUAAGAUUACUAGUGACCAAGAGAAUACUAGUGACCUAGAGAUUACUAGUGACCAAGAGAUUACUAGUGACCAAGAGAAUACUAGUGACCUAGAGAUUACUAGUGACCAAGAGAAUACUAGUGACCUAGAGAUUACUAGUGACCAAGAGAUUACUAGUGACCAAGAGAAUACUAGUGACCAAGAGAUUACUAGUGACCAAGAGAAUACUAAGAUUACUAGUGACCAAGAGAAUACUAGUGACCUAGAGAUUACUAGUGACCAAGAGAUUACUAGUGACCAAGAGAUUACUAGUGACCAAGAGAAUACUAGUGACCAAGAGAUUACUAGUGACCUAGAGAUUACUAAGAUUACUAGUGACCAAGAGAUUACUAGUGACCAAGAGAAUACUAGUGACCUAGAGAUUACUAGUGACCAAGAGAUUACUAGUGACCAAGAGAAUACUAGUGACCAAGAGAUUACUAGUGACCAAGAGAAUACUAGUGACCUAGAGAUUACUAAGAUUACUAGUGACCAAGAGAAUACUAGUGACCUAGAGAUUACUAGUGACCAAGAGAAUACUAGUGACCAAGAGAAUACUAGUGACCAAGAGAAUACUAGUGACCUAGAGAUUACUAGUGACCAAGAGAAUACUAGUGACCAAGAGAUUACUAGUGACCAAGAGAAUACUAGUGACCUAGAGAUUACUAGUGACUAA